UCUAUAAAUUCCAAAGGUCCAGAUGAGCGGAGCCACUCUCUAGCUACCAGAGACUGAGCAGAGACAACACUGCAGAAAGCAUUUUAUCUAAGGAAUGAUGGAGCCUGGAGUAGGACCUGCUCGGCAUAUAAGGCAAGUGCUGGUUUUCUUUAUUUUCCUGGAAGUGUCCUCCGUUCUUUCCGAGACCUGGAGUUACUCUGUGGCAGAAGAAAUGGAGACUGGCUCCUCUAUAGCCAAUAUAAUUAAAGAUAUGGAUGUGGGUGAUCUGGCUGCACGGGGGGCCAGAGUUAUAUUUGAUGACUACCAGCCUUAUUUGCGGUUAGAACUGGAGACUGGCAACUUGCUUUUGAAUGAAAAACUGGACAGGGAGGCACUUUGUUCUACCAGUGAACCCUGUAUAUUGCAUUUCCAGGUGUUAUUGGAAAAUCCUCUGCAAUUUUUUCAGGCUGAGCUUUUGAUUGAAGACAUAAAUGACCAUACUCCCAUGUUUCUAGAAAAACGCAUAUUUUUAAAUAUCUCAGAAGGUGCUAUUCCAGGAACCUCAUUCCAAGUGGAAAAUGCUCAGGACUUGGAUAUAGAGAUGAAUGGUAUCCAAAACUAUUCGAUAAGUCCCAACCCCUAUUUCUACCUUAAGUUAAAAGACAGUGGUAAAGGAAGAAGAUAUCCAGAACUGGUACUGGCUAAAUCUCUGGACAGAGAAAAGGAGGCUUCAAUUAGCUUAAUACUAACAGCUAUGGAUGGUGGGUCUCUGCCCAGGUCAGGGACUGUACUUGUUCAAGUUGUGGUUCUGGAUGUUAAUGACAAUGCCCCUGAGUUUGACAAACCCCUGUAUGAGGUCCAAGUACCAGAAAACAGUUCUGUGGACUCACUGGUAAUCAAGGUGUCUGCUGCAGAUUUGGAUUCUGGAAUAAAUGGAGAAAUAUCUUAUUCAUUUUCUCAUAUCUCUAGAGAUGUACAAAAGACAUUUGAAAUCCAUCCAAUCUCUGGUGAAGUCCAUUUGAAAACACUCGUAGAUUUUGAGGUAAUUCAGUCUUAUACAAUAAAUGUUCAAGCCAUUGAUGGUGGCGGUCUCUCUGGAAAAUCAGUCGUUAUUGUUCAGGUUACAGACGUGAAUGACAACCCACCAGAAAUAGUCAUUACAUCUCUUAUGAGUCCUAUCCCAGAGAACGGUUUGUCAGAGAUGGUGGUUGCUGUUUUCAGUUUACGGGACCAAGACUCUGGAGAAAACGGGAGAAUGGAGUGUUCAAUUCAGGACAAACUCCCUUUUCUCUUAAAACCUACUUUCAAAAAUUUCUACACUCUAGUAACAGAGCAUCCACUGGACAGAGAGAGCAGAGCUGAGUACAAUAUCACCAUCACUGUCUCCGAUCUGGGCAAACCCAGGCUCACAACCCAGCACACCAUAACAGUGCACGUCUCCGACAUCAACGACAAUGCCCCUGUCUUCACCCAAACAUCCUACACCAUGUUCGUCCAUGAGAACAACAGCCCCGUCCUGCACAUAGGCACCAUCAGUGCCACAGACUCAGACUCAGGCUCCAAUGCCCACAUCACCUACUCGCUGCUGCCACCCCAAGAUCCACAGCUGGGCCUCACCUCACUAAUCUCCAUCAACACAGACAAUGGGCAGCUGUUUGCACUAAGGGCGCUGGACUAUGAGACCCUGCAGUCCUUCGAGUUCCGCGUGAGCGCCACAGACCGAGGCUCACCCGCGCUCAGCAGCCAGGCUCUGGUGCAGGUGGUGGUGCUGGAUGACAAUGACAAUGCGCCCUUCGUGCUCUACCCGCUGCAGAAUGCCUCUGCACCCUGCACUGAGCUGCUGCCCAGGGCUGCGGAGCCUGGCUACCUGGUCACCAAGGUGGUGGCUGUGGAUCGCGACUCUGGACAGAACGCCUGGCUGUCAUUCCAGCUGCUCAAGGCCACGGAGCCUGGGCUGUUCAGCGUGUGGGCGCACAAUGGCGAGGUGCGCACCACCAGGCUGCUGAGCGAGCGAGAUGUGCCCAAGCACAGGCUGGUGCUGCUGGUCAAGGACAAUGGCGAGCCUCCGCGCUCUGUCAGUGUCACUCUGCACCUGUUGGUGGUAGAUGGCUUCUCCCAGCCCUACCUGCCUCUGCCAGAGGUGGCGCGCGACCCCACACACGUGGAUGAGGAUGCGCUCACACUGUACUUGGUCAUUGCCUUGGCUUCUGUUUCUUCUCUCUUCCUCUUGUCUGUGCUGUUGUUCGUGGGGGUGAGGCUCUGCAGGAGGGCCAGGGCGGCCUCUCUGGGUGGCUAUUCUGAACCUGAUGGCCACUUUCCUGGCCACCUGGUGGACUUCAGCGGUGCGGGGACCCUGUCCCAGAGCUACCAGUAUGAGGUGUGUCUGACAGGAGUGUCGGAUUCCAAAGAUAUUCGGUUCCUAAAGCCUAUGUAUUCUGGUCUCUCUGUUAGGAAUGUUACUAGAAAGUGAUGUCAUCUUACGGUGUCAGGUCAAAUGUCAAACCUCUGAGAGAUGAAAGGAAAGAAAUACCAAGCACGUAAUCUUGUGGAGGACCUUCAUUUUGAUAUGACUUUCCUUAUGGGUUGGGACCUGGGGACAGAGACCUAAGAUGUGCUCUUGUAAUAAAUGCUCCCAGUACAGCUUGGUAAA